AUGUUACCUUUUCACAUCGAUGAGGGUUGUUUGGGCUUGGCGGCUAGUGAGGUGAGAGCAGUAGUGCUGAAAAGUAGAUCACUUAUCUACUUUUGUCCUGAAUGCAGAGAAGCUUUUAAGAAAAUUCCUAAUAUAAUAAAAGAAGUCAAGAAUCUCAAAACUGGUAUGAAUAAUUUAAAAAAACAAGUAGCGGAAACUACUGAAAACAUUAAAUUGAUUCAAGAAAAAAUUGAUAUUCUUGAAGCAACACCCCAUCAAUUAGCAACAGCAAAUAUAAGUGAAGAAAUUGAGAAUAUGAUUACUGAAAUGGAAGAAAGAAAACUCAGAUCAAAAAAUGUUAUUAUAUUGAAUAUUAAUGAGUCAAUAAAGGCAAACAGAAUUGAACGAAGUUUGGAUGAAAAGCAAACAGUACUGAAAUUAUUGGAAAAUAUUAAUAUUGUUGAUAGGAAUGUUGUGGUACAAAGAUUGGGAAAAUAUCAACAAAAUCGUUGUAGACCCAUAAAAGUUGUGUUUGAUAAUGCUAAUGAUGCAAAAGAAGUUCUAGAAGUAGGAAGAACUUAA